AUGUUUCCCUUUUCAUCUCAUUUUGAUUUUGCAGCCCCUUGUCCAGAUCCAGGAGUUCCUUAUCAAGGGCAAACAAUUGAUCAAGAUUUCCGUCACGGCCGCACAGUUAGAUUCACUUGCCCUAUAAAUUAUGUCAUGGAGGGCGUGGCAGCAAUAACAUGUACAGAUGGUCAAUGGAACAACAACAAGCCAAGCUGCAAAGGUAACUUGUCAUUACGAAACAGAAAUAAUGUGAUACUUCAGUCAGCUUUUUUUCUUUGUCUACAAAAGUUUGCCGAUUUCGUUGAAAACGGUUCUUUGCGAUAAAACGGGUAUCACACCAGUUCGUAGUGUCCGGUAAACACAUCAACUCGCUGAGUGUCAUCCGAUUAAGUAGAAAAAUCAUUGUGCAAUUUGUGCAGUGAGACCUGGGUCCGACAGAGAGUUACCCUAAACUCUUUUCAAAUGACCAUUACAUGCACUUAACGGUUACCCAAGAACGUUUGGCGUGUGCUCGUGAUAGUUUUUUGGGGUAGUUUUUUAUAUUUCUCAGAAAUGUUUGUUGUUUUAAUGGUUUAUCUUUAGUUCUACAUUUAAAUAUCACUGCAAAUAUUUUCUAUUUUGCAGCCAAUUGUCUAGAUCCAGGAGUUCCUUAUCAAGGAAAAACAAUUGAUCAAGAUUUCCGUCACAGCCGCACAGUUAGAUUCACCUGCCCUAUAAAUUAUGUCAUGGAGGGCAUGGCAGCAAUAAAAUGUACAGAUGGUCAAUGGAGCAAUAACAAGCCAAGCUGUAAAGGUAACUUGACAUUAGAAAAUAGAAAUAAUGUGACACUUCGGUCAGAAAUUUCUUCUUAAUUUGUCUACAAAAGCUUGCCGAUUCCGUGGAAAACGGUUCUUUGCUGCAAAACGGGUAUCCCACCCGUUGUAUAUGUAGUGUCCGGUAAACACAUUACCUCGCCGUCAUUAGCACUGCGGUUAAGUAACAAAAUCAUUGGGAUAUUUGUGGGACUUGGGUCCCAUAGGAAACGACCCUGUACUCUUUUCAAAGGACUCAGGCAUGCACAUAACGGUUUCCCAAGAAGGCUUGGUACGUGCUGGUGAUAAAUUUUGGAGGUAGUGUUCAUAUUUCUCAGACAUGUUUGUUGUUUUAGUGGUUCAGCGACCUUUAGCUCUACAUUCAAAUAUCACUGCAAAUAUUUUAAUUUUGCAGCCAAUUGUUUAAAUCCAGGAGCUCCUUAUCAAGGAAACAGAAUUGAUCAAGAUUUCCGUCACGGCCGCACAGUUAGAUUCGCUUGCCCCAGAAAUUACGUCAUGGAGGGCGUUACAGCAAUAAAGUGUAGAGAUGGUCAAUGGAACACUAACAAGCCAAGCUGCAAAGGUAAAGGAACUUUAGUCGCUUUCAGUGACUUAAUAAGAAAAACAAACAAACAUACACAUUAAAACAAACCAAGCACACCGGAAAGUCUUUAAGGUGCGCCAUCGCCCGAAACAAACUUGUUUUAAGAUUAAAGCAAACUUAAAGCAAGGGGCACUCAUCAGUACCAACCUACGACCUUGCCAGUAUCUAAGGUAUGCACGCAGCUAUAUCUCCCCGACAGUGGCAGCCAUGGAGAGCUGUUUCGCCCUUAUUGGGGCUCAUUAGCAAGGCAUAGUCGUCGGAUCUCUAUAAGGAUAAACCCGUAUUUAGAAAUCCUUAACUGCCGAGGCAAAUGCAAAGCAAUCCUUCAAGCGCCAGCUCAACACAAUACAUGUGGGAGCUGUUUGCUGGGAACCGCACGGCCGUUCUCCCACGACAUACGCAGGGACGGCGCGGGAAAGGCACAGAAGUUACCCUGAUCUGUGUGUCAGUAAAUUCAAUAAGACAAAGUUUAACUUAAAGCAAGGGGCGCCUAUCCUCUCUCCCUUUACUAAUCAUAUGAAUUGUAAUUUACCAACCGUUCAUAUAAAUAUGAAUUUACCUCCCUAUUUCAGAUUGAUUCAGUGUAAGUUUCAGCAAGUUUGCAUUGUUUUUUUUUUUUCAUCUCAUUUUGAUUUUGCAGCCCCUUGUCCAGAUCCAGGAGUUCCUUAUCAAGGAUACACAAUUGAUCAAGAUUUCCGUCACGACCGCACAGUUAGAUUCACAUGCCCUAUAAAUUAUGUCAUGGAGGGCGUGGCCGCAAUAAAAUGUACAAAUGGUCGAUGGAGCAAUAACAAGCCAAACUGUAAAGGUAACUUAACAUUAGAAAAUAGAAAUAAUGUGACACUUAAGUCAGUUUUUUCCUUCUUUGUCUACAAAAGUUUGCCGAUUCCGUGGAAAACGGUCCUUUGCGGCAAAACGGGUGUCACACUGGCCGUUGUAGUGUCCGGUAAACACAUUACCUCCCUGUCAUUAGCACUGCGGUUAAGUAACAAACUCACCGGGAUAUUUGUGGGACUUGGGUCCCAUGGGAAAUGACCCUGCACUCUUUUCAAAGGACCCAGGCAUGCACAUAACGGUUACCCAAGAAGGCUUGGCACGUGCUGGUGAUAAAUUUUGGAUGUAGUGUUCAUAUUUCUCAGACAUGUUUGUUGUUUUAGUGGUUCAGCGACCUUUAGCUCUACAUUCAAAUAUCACUGCAAAUAUUUUUUUUAAUUUUGCAGCCUAUUGUUUAAAUCCAGGAGCUCCUUAUCAAGGAAACAGAAUUGAUCAAGAUUUCCGUCACGGUCGCACAGUUAGAUUCACUUGCCCUAUAAAUUAUGUCAUGGAGGGCGUGGCAGCAAUAAAAUGUACAGAUGGUCAAUGGAACAACAAUAAUCCAAGCUGCAAAGGUAACUUGACAUUAGGAAAUAGAAGAAAUAACUAAGCCAAAAAGCCAGCAAGUGAGAAAGUCUUUAACCAGCUUCUAAUAAAGGACUCGAGAUCUGCUACAUUUAUAAGAUGGGUAAAUUAGGGUCCCCAUCAAAUAUAUAUACUUGGAUAUCCUCACUUCUAAUGGGGAUCUCCAAGGAUGAUAAAAUUUUAAAGUGGGACAUAACAAGGUUAAGACUCUUAUUUGACAGAAGGUUAAGCAGUUGGCUAUUUUACAUUAGCGUGCCCGAACAUUUCAACUCGGGACUUAACAUGUGAACAAAUCAUCAAGUUAACGGUCAGGGCACGACUUGAACUCAGGGCCUCCGGAUUCCUAUUUUUGCGCUCUAACUGGAUUAAAAGACUGGCUUUAAGAAUUGUCCUGCAUUUCCUUCUCAUCAAGUUGAAUGUAUAUAUAUAUUUCUUAAUCCUAAUAUUUGAAGAUUUAAAAUUUAACUAAGUGCAAAUAGAAAUUUGCAAAUAUAUAAAGAUUAUUUUCAUUAUAUCUGUCUGAUUUCGUUAAAACGUGGCCACUAGGUUUUCGCCUGGCUCCAGGCCAGUCCAGGUCUAACUAAGUAGGGGGCUUGCCGUCUUGGUCGGUACAGCUGGAUAGCCAAGGGACUGCCCUAACAGUGGGUGGGUGGAUCAGGGCUGGGUGUCAAAACUAAUGGGGUAGGGAGGCGGCUGUUUUAAGCAGCAGUGUUCAGUAGAGGCUUUUACUGCUGAGAAUGAUUAUCAUGAUCGAUAACUGCAGAGCUCUGUGGGAGAGGCGGACAGUCGUUCAUUGUCCUAGGAGGUGGGAGUCAAAGUCUAGGAUCCAAGGACACACCUAGCAUGGGACCUGUAGACACUGACUGAAGCUAUGUUUACAUAAAUUUGGUCAGAUACAUAUAAUUAUAAAUCGGCUAACCCUUUUGAAUUAACCCACAUAGCACCGUGUGAAAGACCAGCGGAUCCAACCUAUGGCAGAAAAAGGGGUGGAGAUUUCAGACACGGACGCUUUGUAACAUUUUACUGCUAUAGUGGUUAUCAAAGAGUCGGCGCUGCCUCCGUCGUGUGCAACGAUGGUAAAUGGAAUAAUCAAGUUCCACUGUGUAAAGGU